CCUAUAAGCCAAGGCGGUGAAUUCGGUUGUUUUCCGCCACACGUCCAUCCGUCUGCCAAUUGAAGUAGAUUUACAAGUAAAGCACCUUUUUUCGAAGCAGCCAGGCGAGUGUGUGUGUGUGUGCUACAUUCGCCGCUUGAUUGUGUUAUCAAUCGGACGCAAAAACAAAAGCCGCGUUUACAAAACUAAAACGUGCUCGCUCACAACUACCAGUGUAAAAAAACGAGAACUUCGCAAGGAAUUUUUGGCAGAGAAAGCGAGAGAAUGUCGCCCACAAAAUGUUAUCUAAUCCUGGAGGAUGGCACCGUUUGGCCUGGUACCCCCUUUGGCCACAUUCCCUCGAACAUUGACAAUGGCAGUUUUGGCGGCGAGGUGGUCUUCCAAACCGGCAUGGUCGGCUACACCGAAGCACUCACUGACCGCUCAUACAGUGGCCAGAUUCUGGUUCUGACUUAUCCCCUUAUUGGAAACUAUGGUGUCCCAUCACCUCUUGAUAAGGAUGAGUACGGUCUGCCCCUUCAUUUUGAAUGGCUUGAUGGCGUGGUCCAGGCCAGUGCCUUGGUGGUGGGCGAAGUGGCCGACACGGCUUGGCAUUGGCGUACCUGUACGACGCUGCCCAAGUGGCUGAAGAAGCACAAGGUGCCCGGUAUCAGUGGCAUUGAUACCAGGGCCCUCACCAAGAAGCUACGCGAACAGGGCAGCCUUCUAGGCAGGAUCGUUUACGGGGAGGAGCAGGUGGAACUGCCCAGGUCCAGCUUUGUGGAUCCCAACACCAGAAACUUGGCAAAGGAAUGCAGUGUAGCGAAGCGGCAGGUGUUUGGCGAUCCCAAGGGCAAGGGGCCGCGCAUUGCCAUCAUGGAUUGUGGGUUGAAGCUUAACCAGCUGCGUUGUCUCCUGGAUCGUGGGGCCUCGGUAGUGCUGCUCCCUUGGACAGCAAAACUACAGGAUGAGCAGUUCGAUGCCCUCUUUUUGUCCAACGGACCUGGUAAUCCCGAAAGCUGCGAAGAGAUUGUUGAGCAGCUGCGCCUUGUCCUGAAAGGUGAGACCAUUAAACCGAUCUUUGGCAUUUGCCUGGGCCACCAGCUGCUGGCCAAGGCCAUUGGCUGUUCCACCUACAAGAUGAAGUACGGCAACAGGGGUCACAAUUUGCCCUGCUUACACCGCACCAGUGGACGUUGCCUGAUGACCUCCCAGAAUCAUGGCUAUGCCGUGGAUCUGGAGCACCUGCCACCCGGAUGGUCGGAGCUGUUUGUGAAUGCCAAUGAUGGCACCAAUGAGGGCAUUGUCCAUGCCACCAAACCAUACUUUUCGGUCCAGUUUCAUCCGGAGCAUCAUGCUGGACCCCGGGACACCGAGUUCCUCUUCGAUAUCUUCCUGGAGAGCAUUAAGCAACCCGAUGUAACCAUACCGCAGCUGAUUGAGAACUUUUUGAAGCCAGCUACCUUGGCUGUAACACCUUCAGAGAAGCCACGCAAAGUGCUUAUCCUGGGCUCUGGCGGUUUAUCCAUCGGCCAGGCCGGCGAGUUUGAUUAUUCCGGAUCGCAGGCCAUUAAGGCCAUGCGGGAGUCGAACAUUCAAACGGUUUUAAUCAAUCCGAAUAUUGCGACGGUCCAGACCUCGAAGGGAAUGGCGGACAAGUGCUAUUUCCUGCCACUGACACCCCACUAUGUGGAGCAGGUUAUCAAAUCAGAGCGUCCGAAUGGCGUACUCCUCACCUUUGGCGGCCAAACGGCGCUGAACUGUGGCGUGGAACUGGAACGGGCCGGCGUCUUCUCCAAAUACAAUGUACGCAUUUUGGGCACGCCCAUACAGUCCAUUAUUGAGACGGAGGAUCGAAAGCUAUUUGCCGAUCGUGUAAAUGAAAUUGGGGAGCAGGUGGCACCCUCGGAGGCGGUCUAUUCGGUGGCUGAGGCUUUGCAGGCGGCCGAUCGUCUGGGUUAUCCCGUUAUGGCCCGGGCUGCCUUCUCCCUCGGGGGCUUGGGUUCGGGCUUUGCGAAUAACAAGGAGGAACUCCAGGUCUUGGCCCAACAGGCUUUGGCCCAUUCGAGCCAACUGAUUGUGGAUAAAUCCCUCAAGGGCUGGAAGGAGGUGGAGUACGAGGUGGUGCGCGAUGCCUACGACAACUGCAUCACCGUCUGCAACAUGGAAAACUUUGAUCCGCUAGGCAUACACACCGGCGAGAGUAUAGUGGUGGCCCCCUCCCAGACCCUCUCGGAUCGCGAGUAUCAAAUGCUAAGGAGCACUGCCCUCAAGGUCAUCCGUCACUUUGGCGUCGUUGGUGAGUGUAAUAUUCAGUAUGCCUUAUGCCCCCACUCGGAGCAGUACUACAUCAUCGAGGUGAAUGCCCGGCUGAGCCGGAGCUCGGCUUUGGCCAGCAAGGCCACCGGUUAUCCGCUGGCCUAUGUGGCCGCCAAGCUGGCUUUGGGUCUGCCGCUGCCCGAGAUCAAGAACUCGGUGACGGGGAAUACAACGGCCUGUUUUGAGCCAUCGCUGGAUUACUGUGUGGUCAAGAUUCCACGCUGGGAUCUGGCCAAGUUUGUCCGCGUAAGCAAGCACAUUGGCAGCUCCAUGAAGAGCGUUGGCGAGGUGAUGGCCAUUGGUCGAAGCUUUGAGGAGGCCUUCCAGAAGGCCCUGCGCAUGGUGGAUAGCGAUGUGUUGGGCUUUGAUCCGGAUGUGGUCACCCUGGACCAGGAGCAGCUCAAUGAGCAAUUGUCGGAGCCCACAGAUCGGCGACCCUUUGUCCUGGCCGCCGCCCUGCAGUCGGGCAUGUGCAUCGAUGAGCUACAUAACCUGACCAAGAUUGAUCUCUGGUUUCUGGAGAAGCUAAUGAGAAUUAUACAGCUAAACUCUCAGCUCACCCAGGCGGGCAGCCAGAUGGGUCCUGACUUGCUGCUAAAGGCCAAGCGUUAUGGUUUCUCGGACAAGCAAAUAGCCAAGGCGGCCAAGAGCACUGAGCUGGUGGUGCGCCAUCUAAGGCAAGAUUUUGGCAUCCGUCCGCAUGUCAAGCAGAUUGAUACGGUGGCCGGCGAGUGGCCGGCAAGCACCAAUUAUCUCUACAAUACCUACAAUGGCAGCGAGCACGAUGUGACCUUUCCCGGUGGCCACACCAUUGUCGUGGGCUCGGGCGUCUAUCGUAUAGGUUCGUCUGUGGAGUUUGAUUGGUGCGCCGUCGGCUGCUUGAGGGAGCUGAGGAAGCUGCAACGUCCCACCAUUAUGAUUAACUAUAAUCCGGAGACGGUGUCCACCGACUAUGAUAUGUGCGAUCGUUUGUAUUUCGAAGAGAUAAGCUUCGAAGUGGUUAUGGAUAUUUACGAGAUGGAGUCUAGCGAUGGCAUCAUCCUUUCGAUGGGCGGCCAGUUGCCCAAUAAUAUAGCCAUGGAUUUACAUCGGCAGCAGGCCAAGGUUUUGGGCACAUCGCCGGAAUCCAUUGAUUGCGCCGAGAAUCGCUUCAAGUUCUCCCGCAUGCUGGAUCGCAAGGGCAUCCUCCAGCCGCGCUGGAAGGAGCUAACCAAUCUGCAAUCUGCCAUUGAGUUUUGCGAGGAGGUUGGCUACCCUUGUUUGGUCAGGCCUUCAUAUGUCCUCUCUGGCGCUGCCAUGAAUGUGGCCUACUCGAAUCAGGAUUUGGAGACCUACUUGAAUGCCGCCUCUGAGGUGAGUCGCGAGCAUCCGGUGGUCAUUUCCAAGUUCCUUACGGAGGCCAAGGAGAUCGAUGUGGAUGCUGUGGCCGCCGAUGGACAGAUCUUGUGCAUGGCCGUUUCCGAGCAUGUGGAGAAUGCUGGUGUCCAUUCGGGGGAUGCCACUUUGGUGACACCGCCCCAGGAUCUGAAUGCCGAGACCCUGGAGGCUAUCAAGCGGAUCACAUGUGAUCUGGCUAGCGUUCUGGAUGUCACGGGUCCCUUUAACAUGCAACUGAUUGCCAAGAAUAACGAACUGAAGGUCAUCGAGUGCAAUGUCCGCGUCUCCCGUUCGUUUCCCUUUGUGUCCAAGACCUUGGACCAUGACUUUGUGGCCACAGCCACGAGAGCUAUUGUUGGACUGGAUGUGGAGCCGCUGGAUGUGCUCCAUGGGGUGGGCAAGGUGGGCGUAAAGGUGCCCCAAUUUAGUUUCUCCCGUUUGGCCGGCGCUGAUGUUCAGCUGGGCGUGGAGAUGGCCUCCACCGGCGAGGUGGCCUGCUUUGGGGACAACAGAUAUGAGGCUUAUCUCAAGGCCAUGAUGUCCACAGGAUUCCAGAUACCCAAGAAUGCAGUGCUCCUGUCCAUAGGCAGCUUUAAGCACAAAAUGGAACUGCUGCCUUCGAUUCGGGAUCUGGCCAAGAUGGGCUACAAACUAUAUGCCUCCAUGGGCACGGGUGACUUUUAUGCCGAGCACGGAGUUGAUGUGGAAUCCGUUCAGUGGACAUUCGACAAGACCACGCCCGAUGACAUCAAUGGUGAACUGCGCCAUUUGGCCGAGAUUCUGGCCAAUAAGCAAUUCGAUAUGGUCAUCAACCUGCCCAUGAGCGGCGGUGGAGCCAGGCGGGUCUCCUCCUUCAUGACACAUGGCUAUCGCACUCGCCGCCUGGCCGUGGACUACUCCAUCCCCUUGGUGACCGAUGUCAAGUGCACCAAGCUACUGGUGGAAUCGAUGCGCAUGACCGGCGGCAAGCCGGCUAUGAAGACGCAUACGGACUGCAUGACUUCGCGACGAAUUGUCAAGCUGCCCGGCUUUAUCGAUGUCCAUGUUCAUCUCCGCGAGCCGGGGGCCACCCACAAAGAGGACUUUGCCAGCGGCACAGCGGCAGCUUUGGCCGGCGGUGUGACCCUUGUGUGCGCCAUGCCCAACACAAAUCCCUCGAUUGUGGAUCGCGAGACAUUCGCACAGUUCCAGGAGCUGGCCAAGGCGGGUGCUCGCUGUGACUACGCUUUGUAUGUGGGUGCCACAGAUAGUAAUUGGGGGCAAGUCCAGGAACUGGCCUCCCAGGCAUGUGGCCUGAAGAUGUAUCUGAACAAUACCUUUGGCACUUUGAAGCUGAGCGACAUGACCGCCUGGCAGCGACACCUGGCCCACUGGCCAAAGCGAGCGCCGAUCGUAUGCCACGCGGAACAGCAGAGCACAGCGGCUGUAAUACUGAUGGCCCACCUGCUGGACCGACCGGUGCACAUCUGUCAUGUGGCCAGGCGGGAGGAGAUUCAGCUGAUACGCGCUGCCAAGGAGAAGGGCAUUCGGGUGACUUGUGAAGUGUGUCCGCAUCAUUUGUUCCUAAGCACCAAGGAUGUGGAGCGUCUGGGCGAGGGCAUGGCGGAGGUGAGACCUUUGCUUUGCUCCCCCGACGACCAGGAGGCAUUGUGGGAGCACAUGGACUAUAUUGAUGUGUUUGCCACCGAUCAUGCACCGCACACGCUGGCCGAGAAGCGUUCGGAGCGUCCGCCACCUGGUUUCCCCGGCGUGGAGACCAUUCUGCCGCUCCUGCUGCAGGCUGUACACGAGGGUCGCCUCACCCUGGAGGAUAUCAAGCGGAAGUUCCAUCGCAACCCGAGGAACAUCUUCAAUUUGCCUGACCAGCCACACACCUAUGUGGAGGUCGAUUUGGAUGAAGAGUGGACCAUUACUGGAGGCGAAAUGAAGAGCAAGUCUGGCUGGACUCCCUUCGAGGGCACCAAGGUUAAGGGUCGCGUUCAUCGCGUUAUUUUGCGCGGCGAGGUGGCCUACAUCGAUGGUCAGGUGCUGGUCCAGCCCGGCUAUGGCCAGAAUGUGCGCCAAGCCAAGCUUGGACAGCUUCUGGCGGAGGGUCUCACCUCCCAAGAUCAACUACUGCCCAACGAUAAUGAUACCAAUGAGACCUUUGCCCAUCUCCUGACCACCGAGGGAGCCCAUGCAGCUGCCGGUGCCGGUGCCAAGGUGCACUUUGUGGACGAGGCCAAUAGCUCGACCUUCCUACGUCCGGUUUCACCCCGCAUUCGCCUGGAUUCCACCAGCAAUACCACCCUAAGGGAGUAUCUGCAGCGCACCACGCAGCCGGCACAAGGCGCUACCAGUCCCAAUCCCGUGGCCCAUUCCCUGUUGGGCAAGCACAUCCUGUCCGUGGACAUGUUUAAUAAGGAGCACCUUAAUGACAUCUUCAAUUUGGCCCAGUUGCUCAAGUCGCGGGUGACCAAGGAACGGUCCGUCGAUGAGCUACUGCGCGGCAAGAUCAUGGCCAGUGUGUUCUAUGAGGUGAGCACGCGGACGCAGUGCAGCUUUGCCGCCGCCAUGCUGAGGCUGGGCGGCCGUGUGAUCAGCAUGGAUCAGAUUACCUCGUCGGUGAAGAAGGGCGAGACGCUGGAGGAUAGCAUCAAGGUGAUGGCCAGCUAUGCGGAUGUCAUGGUCCUGCGCCAUCCCAUGCCGGGUGCUGUGGCGCGUGCUGCCUCCUACUCCCGGAAGCCCUUGAUCAAUGCCGGCGAUGGCGUUGGCGAGCAUCCCACCCAGGCUCUGCUGGACAUCUUUACCAUUCGCGAGGAAAUCGGCACGGUUAAUGGUCUGACCAUCACCAUGGUGGGUGACCUGAAGAACGGACGCACCGUGCACUCGCUGGCCCGCCUCCUGACGCUGUACAACGUGACCCUCCAGUAUGUGGCACCGAAUAAUCUGCAGAUGCCCGAUGAUAUUGCCAAGUUUGUGAAUGAGCGCGGCGUCAAGCAGUACUUUGCCAACGGGCUGAAGGAUGUCCUUCCCACCACGGAUGUGCUGUAUAUGACGCGUAUUCAGCGCGAGCGAUUCGAGAGCGAGGAGGAGUACCAGAGUUGCUGUGGUAAGCUGAUUGUGACCCCCGAACUGAUGACUCUGGCCAAGAAGCGUUCGAUCGUGCUGCACCCAUUGCCCCGCCUGGACGAGAUUAGCCGCGACUUUGACUCCGAUCCGAGGGCUGCGUACUUCCGGCAGGCCGAGUACGGCAUGUAUAUACGCAUGGCCCUGCUGGCCAUGGUCGUGGGUAGCCGGAAUACAGCUCUCUAAAGGUUCAACAGAUCAUCUCUUCGUUAUUUUCUUUGUACAUCUUGUAAUGUAUAUUUAAAAUUUUGCACAAUAAACCUAACUAUAACAUAA